CGCCGGUUAGGGGAUAACGAAUCCAUGGUCGGACAUCUCGCGACACGGGUGUUUCGUGGGGAAUGGACCAAGUCAGGAUGCCGAGGUACGCCGUGCCCUUUGUGCAUCGAGCGAAAUCCGCAGGGUGUGCUCUGUUAAAUAUUCGAGGAGGAUCCUCUUCUUGGUCGCGGGAUCACGGGGACGCUAAAGAAGAGGGUAGGAAACUGAUCGGGGAUGGCGACGACGACGACGACGCCGCCGACUUCGAGGGCACGUCGCAGUUGGUCCGUGUCCCACGCUCCCAAGAAAUUAAAGAUUCCCCGAAUACCGCCACGGUGAGGAUUGAUAUCGAGGGUAUGAGAUGCCAGAGCUGCGUGAAGAACAUCGAGGGGACGAUGGGCGGUCGAGACGGGGUCGUGAAUGUUAAGGUGGUGCUGGAGGAGAAAGCUGGCCACAUCGAUUACAAACCCGACGAAGUCACGGAAAGCGAAUUGGUCGAAGCGAUAGAGGAUAUGGGGUUCGUCGCUUCCCUGCACGGAGAUAAAACGGAAUCUGCAAGGACCGAGGAGAAAACUAUGUCGACAGAAUCCUCGGCCAGCACUUGCAGCAUACAUGUCGAUGGAAUGACUUGUAUGUCGUGCGUAAAAACCAUCACAGGUGUUUUAUCAGAAACAUCGGGCAUAAGCGAUGUGACCGUCAGUUUAGAGAACAAGGAAGCUAAAGUUUCUUAUAACGCGAACGAUUUAACAGCUGAACAGAUAGCGAAAUACAUCGAAGAAAUGGGCUUCGGUGCGUUCGUUAAGGAAACAAACGAUAAAGUUUUCGUAACGUCGACGAAUGCUCCGGUGAAAACUAUUAACGCAAAGAAUGGAGAAAUUUCACUGCAAAUGAAUGGUGCCGGGGACUUGAAAGUUCAGGCCCAAGUAGCGAAAUGCUUUUUGCAUAUCACGGGAAUGACCUGCGCUUCCUGUGUUGCUGCCAUCGAAAAACAUUGUAAAAAAUUGUACGGUGUGAACAACAUCCUGGUGGCACUUAUGGCUGCCAAGGCAGAAGUCUCGUUCGAUCCGGAUAAAAUAAGGGCGAUUGACAUUGCCUCCAGCAUAUCCGAGUUGGGCUUCCCUACCACCUUGAUCGAGGAACCAGGGACUGGAGAAGGAGAAAGUGAAUUGAAAAUAUCAGGCAUGACGUGCGCAUCUUGCGUGAAUAAAAUAGAAUCGACUGUGAAGAAACUGGUGGGUGUUCAUUCGGCAGUUGUCGCGUUGGCGACACAGCGAGGCAAAUUCAAAUACGACGUGGAGAAAAUCGGCGUCAGGGACAUCAUUGAAUGUAUCAACAAGUUAGGUUUCACCGCGACGUUGAUCACCAAUAGAGACAAGGAUAACCGAGACUAUUUGGAUCAGAGAGAAGAAAUAAACAAAUGGCGAGCUGCGUUUUUGGUAUCUCUAAUUUUUGGCAUACCAUGCAUGUUAGCUAUGACGUACUUUAUGGUAGUUAUGUCUGUCGGUGAAAAGUCACACGAGGACAUGUGCUGCGUGAUACCUGGUCUUUCGUGGGAGAACUUAAUUCUUUUUAUAUUUUCUACGCCUGUGCAGUUCUUCGGUGGCUGGCACUUUUACGUCCAAGCCUAUAAAGCUUUAAAGCAUGGAACAACUAACAUGGAUGUUCUGAUUUCUAUGACCACCACGAUAUCUUAUUUGUAUUCAGUCGCUGUACUCACUGCUGCUAUGAUAAUGCAGGAGCAUGUUAGUCCUCAAACGUUUUUUGAUACUCCACCGAUGUUGCUGGUCUUUAUCAGUUUAGGAAGAUGGUUGGAACACGUUGCAAAGGGUAAAACUUCAGAGGCAUUAUCAAAGUUGUUAUCUUUAAAAGCAACGGACGCAGUGUUAGUCACUUUAGGUCCAAACAAUGAGAUACUGUCUGAACGUUUGAUCAGUAUCGAUCUCGUACAGCGGGGAGAUGUAUUAAAAGUAGUACCAGGUGCCAAAGUUCCCGUCGACGGUAGAGUCCUCUCCGGACAUUCGACUUGCGACGAGAGCCUGAUAACCGGAGAAAGUAUGCCGGUACCAAAGAAGAAGGGUUCGGUGGUGAUCGGUGGUUCGAUAAAUCAAAACGGGCCAUUAUUGAUUACCGCAACGCAUACGGGCGAGCGCACGACGCUGGCACAAAUUGUUCGAUUAGUAGAAGAGGCACAAACGAAUAAGGCACCUAUUCAGCAUUUAGCUGAUAAGAUUGCGGGUUAUUUCAUUCCCCUGGUUAUUGCUGUCUCCAUAGUGACCCUAAUCAUUUGGAUUAUAGUAGGAUAUGUAAAUAUAGACGAAUUGCCAAUUUCGCACAACGAUCAAAUUAAUAGACACGGCAUGAACAGAGAGGAAAUUAUAUUUCAAUAUGCUUUUCGAAGUGCUUUAGCUGUGUUGGCGAUAGCCUGUCCAUGUGCGUUGGGCUUGGCCACGCCGACUGCCGUUAUGGUCGGUACCGGAGUCGGCGCGCUAAAUGGUAUUUUGAUCAAGGGUGCCGAACCCUUGGAAAAUGCGCACAAAGUCAAGUGUAUCGUAUUUGAUAAAACGGGAACGAUAACACACGGUGUACCGAUGGUAACAAAAAUAUGUCUGUUCGUGGAUGAAAAAAUCUGUUCUUUAUCGAAAUUCUUAGUUAUCGUUUGCACGGCGGAGACUAAUAGCGAGCAUCCAAUUGCAUCGGCAAUUGUCCGCUACGUGAAAGAGACGAUUGGUUCCGAGGCCACUGGAAAGUGUUCCAAUUUUCAGGCAAUCGCUGGCUGCGGUCUUAAGUGCAAAGUCUCACAUAUUUCGACCACAUUGGCCGAGGCCAUGAAGUCCGAGAAAAUCAUAAACUACGUGAAUCAUGCAAAAAAGUUGUCUUCCUCAACGUACAAUUUGAACAAUGUGUCAAUUGACGUCGUGUCGGUUGCAAGCGCGAGCCAAGAAAGACAAAAUCAGAACUUAGAAUUAUUAUUAAGUCCCGAUUCGCACGGUGAUCAAGUUAGUACCGAGGAUGUAUAUGAAAUAUGCAUUGGUAACAGAGAGUGGAUGCGAAGAAAUGCUGUAAAUAUACCUCUGGAGGUAGAGUCAAGAAUGACCAGCGAAGAAGACCUGGGUCAUACAGCCGUCUUGGCAUCGGUAAAUAACGUUUUGGUGGCUAUGAUUAGUGUGGCUGAUACGGUUAAGCCGGAAGCCCAUCUGGCCAUUUAUACAUUAAAGAAAAUGGGUUUGGAAGUGAUACUUUUGACAGGAGAUAAUAGAAAGACUGCAGCUUCUAUUGCUAGACAGGUUGGUAUCACCAGAGUGUUCGCAGAAGUGUUACCUUCGCACAAAGUUGCAAAAAUUCAGCGUUUACAAGACCAAGGCCUGAGGGUUGCAAUGGUAGGAGACGGUGUUAAUGAUAGUCCUGCUCUUGCGCAAUCGGACGUCGGUAUUGCGAUAUCUUCCGGCACAGAUGUUGCCGUAGAAGCUGCUCACGUAGUUCUUAUGCGAAAUGAUCUUUUGGAUGUCAUAGCAUGUCUGGAUCUGUCGAGAAAAACGGUUCGUCGAAUAAGGCUGAAUUUCUUGUUCGCCAGUAUUUACAAUUUACUUGGUAUUCCAAUUGCCGCUGGGAUAUUUAGUUCUUUUGGAUUUUUUUUACAACCCUGGAUGUCUUCAGCGGCAAUGGCUUUAAGUUCCGUCUCCGUAGUUGGAAGUUCUUUACUGUUAAAAUUAUAUCGCAAACCAACAAAGGCUACUCUAGAAACACCGGAAUAUUUAUCAGCGAUGCAUGCCCAUUCCACAGCAAGGAUGAUCGAUCUAGACACGAUAUCCCUUCAUCGCGGUUUGGACGAUUCGGUAAUGCCGAUUAUGCACAGAUCUGCCUCGUCUUUGUCCAGGUUAUUCAGGAGAUCUAAAGACGAUGUAGAGGGUCGACUUCUUGGUGAGGAUGUAGAUGAAAUUGAUUUAGUAACGGAUUUCUCCGGUUAUCGUAAAAACGCAAAGGACCAUACAAACAUAACUCCCUUAUAAUCUGUAAGAAUUUCUUUUAUAUAUGUAUAUUGUUUGCCUAUAA